AUAACUGAAAAUGAAAUUCUGAAGUGUAUUGAAAACCUUAAGAACAAUAAAGCUUACGGAUCUGACCAAAUAUUGAAUGAAUAUAUUAAAACUACUAAAUCAGUAAUGUUACCUGUAUAUGUUUUACUUUUUAAUCUUAUUCUUGACUCUGGUAUUGUACCAACCGAGUGGGUUAAUGGCAUGAUCUGUCCAAUUUACAAGAAUAAAGGAAGUAAAGCAGAUGCAGAUAGCUAUAGUGGCAUUACUAUUCUUAGUUGUUUAUGCAAGUUAUUUACCUCUGUCCUCAAUGCAAGAUUG